GCGGGUGAAGGUCAGACGCAUGCGCCAGUAGUCGUCGCGCCGAUCGGCGUCGCUUCCUUAAAUAGCCCGCGCAGACGGCCGCUCUCCAUACAACAAGCAAAAUGCAUUCAUACUUAUUACUUGAAGCCUACUCGCGCACGCACCUUCACGAGGGGGCGCAGCGCCUCUCCGUCUCUGCCUCGAUUCCCAUUCUCCAAGUCGCCCUGCGGCGGGCUUUUCCGCGAUGGAGCGAUGCCACGCUGACAGUCAUCAUCGCGGCUGCUGGACUGGGCGGGCUGGCUUGCUAUCUGCUGAAGUAUCUUGAAAUCCGGAGAGAGCUCUUAAUAAAGCAAUCGCCCACCUUCCGCGGAUCCGAGGGCAGUCGUGUCAGCGGCGGUAGCGGCCCUGGGUGCCGAGCUGGUGAGCGUAUUGGCCUCCUGGCAGCCCUGACGCCUGACGACGUCUCCUCAUCCGGCCCCCAUACCCCCCGCGCCUCCUCCUCCUCCUCCUCCUACCUAUACCUGCGCCACGGCCCGCUGCUGCCCGCCCGCCGCGCCAGUGCCAGCCGCUCCUGCAGCCGCAGCAGUAGCGCCUGCAGCCGCAGUAGCGACGUGGCUGCCGCGGACGCCGGCGCGGCCCCCGAGCUGCAACCAGCAGUGCAGUCGCACGACCUAGACCUGGACUCGGCCCGCGAGGAGGCGCCACAGCCGCCGCAGCCGCACUCGACAGCAGCGGGCCAGCACUUACACCUGCACCCGCAACCGCGGCGCCACCAUCACCAUCACUGGCAGCACCAGCAGCAACCGCGCUGGCAGCAGCAUGAGGAGGUGCAGGUGUAUGAGGAGGUGCAGCAGCAGGGGGAGGUGCAGGUGCAGGUGCAGGGGGCCCCGCGGGAGGCCGCGGUUGCUCGGCCCUGGAGGUCAUCACAGGCUGUGGUCUCGGCUGAUGGCGGCAUGCAGGCCAGCACCAUCGCCGGCACCAGCAUCAGCGCCGUGGCCGCCCACCCUGCGCUGACUUCCUACGAAGCGUCCUCUGCGACUGCGGCGCUCCCAACUGUCGAGCCGACCUCCAUGUCGGCAGCAGCACCAGAGGCAACAGCCGCCCCCCAUUGGGGUUGCUUGCCGCCCGCCGAGCCCGUCGCUACCAGCCAUCCGCCGACGAGCACCAUGCCACCGCCGCCGCCCUGCAGCGCCGACCUCGCCGCCCCGCGCCACCAGCAGUACCACCAACAGCACCUCCACAUGUUGACGGCGCCGCGCCCGCAAGGCGCCUGCUCGACAGCACCUGAGCGGCGCACCACUAGCCAGGAGCCAGCGCAGGAGCCGGAGCAGGAGGAGGCGCCGCGGCCGGCGGCCGACGCAGCAGGCCGCCUCGCGGUUGCAUGCGCUGCCGCGGACACGUCUGUGGUGCUGGCGCAGGAGGCGGAGGAGGCGGAGGUGGCGGCGGCCCCACAAGGACCUGGGUGCGCGGCGGCAACAGCUGCUGCGGCAGUGACUGCGGUACCGUCAGCACUCUGUCCCGAGCCGUGCUCGCGUUCCCCAGCAGUGUCGCAAGUUCAUGGUGCGACCGCGCCGUCUGUCAUGCUGCCCCAGCGGCGGCAGCUGUUCCAGGAGCCGCUCGCAGCCGCUCCCAGCAGCGCCUCGCUCGACAUGCUGGCCGCCGCCUCCACGACCGCCUCCACGUCCGCUUCCGCUGCACCGGUGGCCGCCACGACGCCCCAGCCGCCCCAGCCGUCCCAGCCACCCCAGCCGUCCCAGCCGUCCCAGCCGUCCCAGCCGCAGGAGCCGCAGGAGCCGCAGCCGCAGGCCCAGCAAGCGCCGGCGGCCGGCCCCAGCAGCAGCCGGGCCGCUGCGGCGCCGCCGCUGACGUCUCUGGGCUACGGCCGCGCGCAGUACUCGCAGCAGCAGUACGCCUCCACGGCACCCGUGGCCCGCGGCCGCAAGCCGCCGCAGCAACAGGACAGCGAGGGCGGCGCGGCGGCGGAUGAGGAGGCGGCGGCUGCGCCUCUCACUGCCGAGGUGUCCACGCCGCCUCGGUGCAGCACACCGCCGCCCGGGGCGCCGCCGCUGGUGGGCAGUGGCUUUGUGCCGCUGGGCCCCCAAUACAUGCAGCACUUCACCAUCACCAACCACCACCACCACGUCCACACAGACACCGAGCGAGGCAGCAGCGGCAGCAGCGGCGGCAGCAGCCGCGGCGGCAGCCGCAGCGGCAGCCGCUCCUGCAGCCGCAGCCGCGCCGGCUCCCGCCGCGCUACUGGCAGCAGUGGGGCGAUGGACGGGGCCGCGGGUGCGGGUGCGGGUGUGGGCGGCUGUCUGACCCUGGACCUGAUCAACCCCGCCACAUCGCCGCUGCACCUGCUGCUGCAAGCGCACAACCACCACCACCUGCCGCUGCCGCACCUGCCGUACCACGGCCGCUUCCACCCCAACGGGCAGCCGACCGCCCCCUCGCCGCACCGCCUGCGCACCUCCAUGUCCGCCGCCACAGCCGCCGCGGCCGCCAGCGGUGUCAGCGAGUGCAGUGACAGCCCCCGGGCGGCGGCCCACACAUUCGGCGACCUCCAUGAGGCCGCCUCCGCCGGCUCCUGCUCGUCUGCCGCCGCCGCCGCCGCCGCCGCCACCGACCUGGCUCCCCCCUCGGUCCCCUCGCUGCCCAUCAUGCACGAGAACAGCCUGUACGGCGUUACCUCGGUACCGUACGACGAUGACGACGUGGUGGCGGAGGAGGAGGACGAGGAGGAAGACGGGGAAGUGCAGGAGGUGGAGGAGGCGCCAGUGGCUGUUGAGGAGGCGACCGUGUCUGUUCCUCCCCCUCAGCAACAAGGCACGGCCUGGAAGCAGGCAGCGCCUCGCUCCGCCAACACCUCACCACUCGGCCGGCCGCGUGGCCGCCCUGCCGUGUCUUGCGGCGGCGCCAGCCCAGUCGCCGCGACCACAGCCGUAACCGCAUCCGCCGCCUGCAGCCCCACCCCUGCUGCUGCUGCUGCUGCUGGCGGCGGCCGGGCCGCUCGUGCCAGCUGGUCGUCCUCCUCACCCCGCCACCACCACGUGCGGCGGCCGCGGCCGACCAUGCGUGAGAAGGUGAUGCUGCUGGGCUUUGACCGCCGCCGCAACCGGGCCUUUGAGGAGGAAGAGGAGGAGGGGGUCGCGGCGCAACAGCAGGAGGCCCAGCAGCCUGCGGAGGCGGAGGUGGGCUUUGGUGGCUUCGCGUCGACCGCCUCUCGGCCGGUGCAGGUGGUUGCUUCGGCGCCCAGCACACCGUCCGCCGCCAACCACAGCUGCUACAGCUUCACACAGCAACGCCAGCCCCAGCCCCCGCUGGAGAACGCCGCACUGCCCUUCGCCGCAGCACUGGCCUUUGCCGGCCCCGCCUUCACCUCCGUCGCCGCUGCGGCCGCCUCCGCCGCUGCUGCCGCCACCACGGCUGCUGCCGCCGCGACCUCGGCCGCUGCCGCCGCCACCACGGCCGCCAACGCCGUGGCCGCCAACGCCAACGCCAGCAGCGCCGCCACCGCCGCCGCCUCGGCCGCCGCCGCGGCACUCGUCUCGGCCGCAUCGCUGCGCACCGCGCUGAUGCUCCACGAGUCUGUGCCUGCCGCCGCCCCCGCCCCGGCACCUGCCACUGCGCCCGCCACCCCCGUCGCCCUGCACCCAGUGGUGUCGCUGUCCGCGGCGCUGGGCGUGUGCAACGCUGACGCCGGCACACAGACGGCCACUGUGGCUGAGGCCGCCACCAGCACCGCCGCCUGCACCGCCGCCUGCGGCACUGCUGCUGUCGAGACCGUCGCCGAGACCGCCGCCGCCGAGACCGCCGCCAUCGAGACCGCUGCCGCCGAGGCCGCCACCGCUGCGGCUCUGAGGGAGCGGGAGCACCACCACCUGCUCGCGGCAUGGAGCUGCCUGGCCGCCUCCGCGCCCGCACCUAGCCCCGCCACCCCCACCCCCACCGCCACCGCCACCGCCGCCGCCACCGCCGCCGCCGCCGCCGACCCGUUUGCUGCGGCCGCUGCCGGCGGCGCCGAUGAUGAUGACGGUUUCUUCCGCGUGCUCGUGUCCGCGGGCCGCACCGGUCCCUCCAUUGACGGCGUCAUGAGCGGCGAUGACGAGCUGCCGGAGGAGGAGGGCGAGGUGGAGGAGUCUGCCACGGGGCAGCAGUGGGCGGUGGUUGCAACCGCCGCCUCGGCAACCUCGGCUGGCGUCAUCGCGGCCGCUGUGCGCCGCCCGCGUAUGGGCCAGCAGUGCGAGGCGUCGCCCGCGCUGCCGCUCCCCCCACCGCCACCGCCCCAGCAGCCGCCACCGCCCCAGCAGCCGCCACUGACCCAGCAGCCGGCCGCGGUCCGCCUGCCCGCCGUGCAGUGGCAGCAGUGGCAGCAGUGGCAGUGGCAGCAGUCACAGACGUCUCACCGCCGGCUGAUGCAGACGCACCUGCGCCACACGCCGUCAGUCGGCAGCGACGACGGCCUCAGCGGCGGCGACAGUAGUGCUGCGCUGCUUGCCGGCUUUGAGAAGUCAGCUGUGGCCCCCUGUGGCUAUGCGGCCGCUGCCGCGGCUGCGCUUGCGUCUGCUGCUGCUGAGGAGCCCGAGCCUGAGACCGACGCGGCUACUGCCGACGCGGCCUGCGGUGCCAGUCGCCGCGCCAGCACCAGCACCAGCAUUGAGGCCGACAUCAGCUCCUCUGAGCCCUCAGCGCCCGAGCGCGCUGAUGGUGGUGUUGGCGAUGUUGAAGUCCAGAUCCAGCAGCAGGCCGCCGCCGCCGCCGCCGCGACCGCCGCCGCCGCUACUAACAGUGCUGCCGCCAUCACCAACAGUGCUGCCAUCGGUGAUACCAGUGCCGGCGAUGUUGCGUCUGUGCCCGAGCGUCUUUCCAAGACAGUGUUUGAGGCUGUGCCUGACGAGGCUGGUGUCUACCGGUACGCCUGCGACGAAGCUCUGCUGGAGCACUUGGGUGCGCUGGACGACGCCAUCCCCGAGGAGGAGGUGGAGGAGGUGGAGGAGGUGGAGGAAGUGGAGGAGCCGUGCGAAGAGGAGGCGCAGCCCUGGACCCAGCCCCAGUCUCAGGAGCUGCAGCUGCAGCUGCGGCCGCAGGCGGAGCUGCUGGACGGCGGCAGUAGCAGUGCCAGUGCCGCCUGCAGCACCAGCUUCUGGCUGGGCAGCACUCACACGUCCGCCGCCGCCACCACCACCACGGCUGCUGCAGACGCAGACGCCGACUCGGCAGCUGCUAUUGCCGCUCGCCGCUGCAGUCGCUUUGCGGGCGAGGCCGCGGCGCGCGCCAGUGGCCACGUGGAGGAGGACGAGGAUGGUGUUGUGGCUAGCGCGGGCGAGGAGGCGUCGGAUGAUGACAGCGACCACGACGAGGCAUGGCCCGCGUCGAACCUGCGCGCACGGUUUGGACAGCGCGAUGUCAAGUCUCAAGGCGGCACGACCGAGCCCGGCGCCAAGCAGCAGCAGCAGCAGCUGCUGCUGCAGUACUCGCCGUACCCGCCGUACCAGCCCGCCGCCGCCGCCGCUGCCGCCGCCGACCCUAUGGCGCCCGCCACGCCGCCACUGGCCACCAUUGUAGCCGCCGCCGCCGCCGCCGCCGCAUCUGCGCCGACCAGCUGCUUCAGCAACGCCGCCAAGGCCACCGCCGCCGCCUGCCCCACCGUCACCGCCUCCACGGCCACCAGCGCCUCCACCACGGCCACCCGUAACGCCGCCACCUGGGCCUGGGCGGUGGAGGCGGCGGCGGAGCUGGAGGCCGAGGCCGCCGCAGAGGCCGUGGCGGAGGCCGCCACCGAGGCUGCAGCUCUGUACAGCGACUGCUGCGGCUGCUCGAUUGCCUCCGCUGCUGCCUCCGCGGCCGGUGCCUCGCCGCGCUCCUCCCUGCUGCCGGAGCGACACCAGCAGCUAGCGCUGUUGCAGCCGCUGCGGCCGUCGCACCGCUGCGCGCACACGCACGCGCACGCGGCCUGCUGCCACCGCCACCACCUCAUGCUGGGGGAGGCGCCGGACGCCGGGCCCGUGCCCACGCCCGAAGCCUUCGGGGCCGCCCGCGCCGACACGGCCGACACUGGUGCGGGUGUGGAUGAUGGCGCUGAGGCCGACGGCUGCCCGCCUGUGAUUGCGCUGAGCCGUGCGGUGGUGGGCGGCGGCCGCCGCAGCAGCAACGCCUCCUCGAGCAUCGGCGGCCCCGCGCGCCCUGCCAGCGAGUGGGAGCCCUGCCGGCGCUGCCAGUGCUGCGGAGGCCGGUACCAGGCCCUUGCCGCUGCCGCCGCGACGUCUGCGUCUGCGGCCGCCGCCCGCAGCCCCAUGUCUGCGGCUAGCGGCGGCGGGCGGCUGCGCGGCACCACCCGGCACUCGGUGUGCGGCGCGCCGCUGACCUACGGCGGCCCCGCCAGCCCCGCCCUGGGCACCCGCUCCGCGCGCACCUCGGUCGCCGGCGCCGACCUCGCCACCGCCUCGCCCUUCCAGCCCUGCUGCACCUGCCACCGCCGCGCCUUCCUGUCCGCCGCCUCCACGCCGCGCCGCGCCAGUGACGCCGGCGUGGCGGAGGCGCGCGCGCGGCGGCGGCUGCAACGGCUGAGCGAGGCGGCGGCGGCGGCGGCCGCGGCGGGCGACGCGCCCGGCUUCAUGCGGCCCACCGCCACGUUCCUGGCCAAGGUGCGCACGCGGCCGGUGCCGCUAGUGGUGACGCACCUGCCGCUGGCGGGCACACCGCCGCCAGCGGCCGCCGCGGCUGCGGGCCUGGGCGUGUCGCCUCUGUCGCCGCCGCUGUACAGGUCGCCGGUGCAGGAGCAGCAGCUGCAGCAGUAGUGAGAGCAGCAGAUGUUACAAUAGUGACGUAUUGAUGCAGAGACCACAUAGCAUUGGUUCUGGGUGCAUAUGCACAUGCACAUACGUCACAUGCACAUACGCCAUGUGAUGCGGCGGUGCGCUCUAGCGCCCCGCACCGCUUGUGUUUUGGGUGGUGCGUUUUUGAGAUAUUGCGUCAGCUAGGGGAUAGUCACAACGGUAAUGCAAUAGCAGGAGGAUCGAAUGCAGCUUGGUGCAGCCGCGCAGGCGGCACUUUUAUGUGCGAAUGAGGCACGGAUGUACAAGGUUGUGAUGUAAUUUUGCUUGGCUGUCACAGUUUCAGGACAAUAAGGAGACACAGCUAUGUUCGUAAGCAGCAUACGGUAUAAUCAAGGUAAAUUGUAUAUGCAUACAUACGCCGAUACGCGGAGUGGUUUUCGAACACUGGGCGGGGCCAAGGAGAGCGUGACUUGGCACCCGCUCGCAUGUGGCAUCAAAAGAUGGAGCACUUGCCCGGGAGGCGGCCCGAGAAUGGCCUUGCCGGCUUGCCCUAUUAACACACUUGCGUCCAUGCUGCCCCUUCAAAGGCUCUAAACUGGAGCCUCCAUGGUAACACGAGCGCAGUUCCUUGGA